AUGAUCAGCAAUGAAGAGAAAAUUGGGGGAGUUAAUCUUUCAGAAUCUGACACUAAGGAUUUCUGUGAUUUCAUUGAGAAUUGUCAACUUGUUCAUCUUAAAAACUCUGGUCAUGUGGAAUUCUUAUUGCCAAGCUUCUCUGACCAUUCUCCAGCACUGGUUUCAAUUCAUGAGGACUUCCUACAAAGGAAAAAACCCUUCAAGUUCUUUAAUAUGUGGACUAAACAUGCAAGUUAUCUAUCUGCUGUGUCUGAAGCCUGGCAAGUACAGAUUGAGGGUUUCAAGAUGUAUUCAGUCUUCACAAAACUAAAAAAUCUGAAAAAUGCUCUGAAAGACAUCAAUAAAAGACAUUACCUUAACAUAAGUGAGCAAGUGAUGAGGGCAAAGAAAAAUCUGGAUACAGUUCAGGUAAAUCUGCAAAAAGACUAUCUCAAUGCUGCUCUCAUCAACAAAGAAAAGGAAUGCUUAGCCUCCUAUAAUAAAUUGCUGGACUGUGAGAUGUCCUUUUACCAACAGAAGGCAAGAAUUGAGUGGGGGAUUAAGGGAGACAGAUGUACUAAUUUUUUCCAUUCUAUCAUUAAAUCCAAGAGACACCAUAGCAGAGUGACAGUGAUCUAUAAUAGUUCUGGAGAAAGAAUUACAGAUGGGGAGGGGAUAAAAAGUGAACUAAUCUCCUUUUACAAAGGUCUCCUGGGGACUAAAGUAAAGACAAACCCCCCAGAUAUCAAUAUUAUCAGGAAUGGGCCUUGUUUAAAUGACACACAUAUCAGAUUCCUAUCUACAAAUAUUUCAAAAGAUGAGAUUAAAUCAGCAGUAUUCUCUAUGCCUGAUGGGAAAGCUCCAGGGCCUGAUGGGUAUAAUGCAGUUUUCUACAAAACAGCUUGGGGAAUCAUUGGUGAAGAGGUAACACAGGCUAUUCAAGAGUUCUUCAGAACUGGAAAGUUGUUGGGCAUGGGGAUGAAGCAUAUUUCACCUAGAGUAAUGCUCAACAUUGAUAUAAGGAAAGCGUUUGACACAUUCAGCUGGGAAUUUCUGGAGGAUAUGCUGCAGGGUCUGGGUUUUCCUAGUAAGAUGACAAAUUGGAUAAUGGCUUGUAUCUCUACUCCAAAGUAUUCAAUUUCUUUAAAUGGAUCCCUCCAUGGCUAUUUCAAAGGGGAGAGGGGACUGAGGCAAGGUGACCCUUUAUCACCUUAUUUGUUCAUCUUAGGGAUGGAAUACUUAUCUAGGAGAUUGGAUAAAUUAAAGAAUGAAAAGGACUUCAAGUAUCAUCCUAGAUGUGGGAAGUUAAAUAUCACCCAUCUUGUCUUUGCGGAUGAUCUUCUUUUAUUUGCAAAAGGAGAUAUUCUCUCGGUGCAAAAUUUGAAUCAAUGCUUGAGUGAUUUCAGUGCUGCCACAGGGCUUGAAGCCAAUCCUGAGAAGAGUUCAAUAUUUUAUGGAGGUGUAUCUGAUACUAUCAAAACAGCAAUUGGAGACUGUCUGGGUUACAAAGAAGGGGUAUGGCCAAUCAAAUAUCUUGGAGUUCCUUUGUUAUACAAAAGACUAUCCUAUGUAGACUGCCUCCCCCUCCUCAAUAAGAUUUCUGGUCAAUUUCAGAACUGGAUGAAGUGCAGAACUUUAUCAUAUGCUGGAAGAAUUCAGGUGAUAAAAAGUGUGAUACUAGGAGUUCAAAUCUAUUGGACUUCUAGUUAUAUAUUACCUAUGAAAGUGCUCCAUAAAAUUGAUGAACUAUGCAGAAAUUACUUGUGGGGGAAAAAUGAUCAGUCACUCAAAACUGCUCUUGUCUCAUGGGAUAAAAUAUACUUAUCAAAGGAUCAAGGAGGCCUGGGUAUUUUCUCUGCAGUAAUAUGGAAUAGAGCCUCAGCUUUGAGGAAUUUAUGGUAUAUACAUGUCAAUAAAGAACUGUUGUGGAUUAGAUGGAUUCAUGGAAACUACUUAAAAGAUAAAAGCAUUUGGCAAGUGCAGGCAAAAAAUGGGGAUUCAUGGACAUGGAAACAAAUGUUGAAGACUAGAGACAGUUCUUUGAUUCACUGUGUGGGGGAAGCUAACCUAAGUCACCUUAUUGCUUCAUGCUAUAAAAACACCAAGGUUCAUCUCUCUUCCCUGUACAGGAUUCUUUCCCCCAAUGUCAGCAAGGUGAAAUGGCGGAAUACUGUUUGGGGGGAUAUGAACUAUCCAAAGCAUUCUCUAAUUUGUUGGCUUGCUAUCCAAGAUAGGUUGCUAACAAAGGAUAGGCUGAUACAGAGGAAUAUUGUGACAGAAAACAAUUGCUGCUUAUGUUCAAACUCUGGUUUGGAGAGCAGGGACCACUUAUUCUUUAGUUGUCCUUUUUCUAGUGAAGUUUGGAAUCAAGUGAUGAAUUGGUUGCAGUUUAAAUGGAAGGCUUGCAGCUGGAGAUGCCUCCUUGACUGGUUCUGUACCAAGAUAAGAGGUAAAGGGAACAAAACGAAAGUAAAGAGGCUGGCUUUUACUUCUACACUGUAUAAAAUCUGGUGUGAACGCAACAGUAGGAUCUUCAAGCAAGAAUGCAAAAGCAAGGAUCAGUUGGUGAAGGAAAUCAAAAUGGAUAUAUUAAUCAUUACUCUCAACAGCUCCCUACCGGAAGAUUUUAAAGAAUGGAUCAGUUCCCUAUAA